CCAUGGCGCACCAGCUGCGCUCACCUGUCGCCUCCGCGAGCAUCCUCGGCCUGAUGGUGCUGGUGCUGGUGGCUCCGGCCCUGGUCCAAGGCAUGCCCGGGGGCGUGGAGGACGUCCCCGUCUCCGAUCCGGGCGUGCAGCAGGCCGCUGCCUUCGCCGUGCAAGCUUACAACAACGCCAGCAACAGCCCCUUCUACUACAAGGCGCUGCGCAUCGUUACGGCGCGAAGACAGGUCGUCGCAGGAAUGCGCUACUAUCUGACGGAGGAGCUGGUGAAGACCCAAUGUGAAAAGACGGGCGGGAGUGACCUGAGCCCAGAGGAGCUGCAGCGCUGCACAGCUGCCCCACCCGGAGAGCGGCAGGAACAAACCUGCAAUUUCCAGGUCCUUUCCCAACCUUGGAUGGAAAUAAAAAUGAAGCUGACGUCCACCCAGUGCAUGGCCUGAAUUUCACACUGAUGGGCAGCUGAGAUGGAGGCUGAGAAAACUUGCUAAUGACCUUGAAGCAACGUAAUAAUUCUUUUUCCUUGGGCGAAGGGAUUCCUGGAAACAACUCUGUGGAGACAGGGCACGAGAAUACUUUGUUGUGCCUGGUCCAAAUUUGUAAAUGCGGGCCCCGUGCUACACACAUACCUCUACCCCAUCAAUCAUGAAAUAAAAGAUUUCUGGAAGAACAAAGCUUACAAA